AUGGGUCUGCAAACAGAAAAGGAUAAAGAAAAGGAACACCAAAAAAAUAAUUUUAAAAUAUGUAGCAAAAAAUUUGAAACAGAUGAAUUAGAAGUCUUAAAAAAGAUAUAUAAAGAACUAGGUAGUCGAUCUGGCUCAAGUUAUAUUGACAAAGAAACGUUUCUUCAAUUUUUUCCUUUACCAGGGUUGUGGGGAGAAAGAUUAUUUUUAAAAUUUAAUUUCAAAAAUACUGGUUUUAUAGAUUUUGAAGAGUUUAUAAUAGGUAUAGCAAUAUGUUGUCGAGGGACAAAGAGUGAUAAGAUAAAUGUAUUGUUUGAUAUAUUUGAUUUGAAUGCAGAUGGGUUUAUUCAAAAAUCUGAGAUGGUAGCUAUGCUAUCUAACAUUCCUUAUAUUCAUAAAUUAAAAAAUAUAUUUUUUAAUAAAGAUAAAAGGAAAAAUAUGUAUGAUGAUGAUUAUAUGAAGGAUGAUGAUAAUGCAGAUGAUGAAAAUGGAGAUGCUAUUGUAGAUUCUAAUGUAGGUACUAAUUCAGAUGCUAAUGUAGAUAUAGAUGCAGAUGCAGAUGUAGAAUACAAUGAUAGUGAUAGUGAUGAUUUUACUAUAGAUGAUGAUGAGGAGGUUGAUAGUUUGGAUGACAUCAGCGAUUCCUUUAGUAGUGUUUAUGAGGAUGAAGAUGAAUAUUCAAAUAACAACAACAAUAAUAAUAAUAAUAUAGAAAAUAUGAAUAUAAGUUCAGAUAAUAAAAAUGUAGAAGAGAAUAAUGCAGGAAAUUGUAGUAAAUGUAUAAAACAAAAAAAAAAUAAAGCAUUAAAUGCAAAUUUAAAUAAUAAGAGAAAUUCCAAUGGUAAUAAUAAUUCAUUAAAUGUAAAGGAGCUAGCCAAAAAAAUACGAAAAGAAGAAAAAAGAAAAUUUGUAAAAAAGUUGAGAGAAUUAAAUGCAGUACAUUUAUAUAAAGAUAAUCAAUUAAGUCAUAAAAAAGAAAGAAAAAAGAAAAAUAAAGAUCCAAAUGUUUCCACGAAUUCUCCUUUUUUUAAAAGUGAAAGUGAAGAUUAUAAUUCUUCAUCAAGUAAUAAUACAGAUGCUUUUGUUCAUGAUCAUAUAAAAUACAUAAAUAAAUAUAAAAAAAAAAGUUUAAAAAAUGAAGUUAAAAAAAAUGGACACAAAUAUAAAGAUGCAACAAAUGCAUAUAUAUCCUCAACUACAGAUAGUUCUACAAGUAAUGAAAGUAAUUAUAAUAUAAGUAAUGACGAGUUUGAAAGUUGUAGUUCAAAUAAAGAUCAUAGAGAACUAUGUUCUAGCGAUACGUCAGAUUCAUUUAUUAGUAUAUAUGGAUAUUUGAUAAAAAAUAGAAGGAGAAAAAAUACAAAAGAAAAGGACCACCAAAGUAAGGAGAAAGAUAAAAAAGAUCAAGAUAUAAAGGGAAAAAUAAAAGCAGAUGAUAAUAUUAAAAGGAAAGAUAAAUCAAUAGAUGAUGCUAAAGAAAAAGAACAAAUAAAGUGCGAGGCAAAAAAUAGAGACCACAAAAUAAAAGAAGAAAUAUCAGAAGGAAAAGAAAAUUUAAAACACAAAGAUGUUGAAAAAAAUAAAGAUGGAGAAAAAGAAGAAGGAAAAAGUGAUGAAAAAGAAAAUGAAGAAGAAAACAAAAUAAAAAAAGAAAAAUGUUUUACAAGAAAUGAUAUAAAUAUAUACAAAAAAGAAAAGAAAAAAGAAAAAAAAAUGAAUAAAUUAUAUGUAAACGAAUUUUGUCUACCAUCAAAAACUGCUAGGAGCAUCUUAAAUGAUGAAGAAAAUAAUAAACCCUCAGAUAAAAAUGUUGAUGUCGAAGCUAUCGUUGAUAUUAUGUUAGAAGAAUGUGAAUUUUUAGAUAAUGAUAAAAUAACACUUAUACAAUUUAAAAGUGUUAUUCAUAAAUAUGAUUUCUUUUUAUAUAUAUUUUUUAAUUGCUUACAUGAAGAUAUUUGGGGCUUACAAGGAAAUGUCUUAUAUGGUAGAGAUUAUAUAAGUAACUUUGUUAUAAAAUCUGAAAAUUUUAAAAAUAAAGAGAUUGAGCAAGAUGAGGAUGAUGCUAUUACAGAAGAAUUAUAUUUUAAAAUAAGACAACUUUUUAUAGUUCAAGCUCCUGAUUAUGAUUGUGUGAAUGAUGAUCUGUGUGUAAACUUUUUAAAUACAAAGAAUGUGGAAGAGGACAUAAAGGAAGAAGAUGAUGAUGAUGAAGAAGAAGAUGAAUUAGAUAAAGAGAAUAAAAAAGAAAAAGAUAAAGAUAAAGAGGAUAAAAAGGAUGGUGGAGAUAAAAAGGAUAACAUAGAAAAGGAGGAUGAAGAAUAUAUAAAAAAUAAUUUUAGUAAGGAUAAAAAUGACUCAUCUCUAAAUAAAAAAAAACUAAAAAAUGAAAAUAAUGCAAAAUUAGUUAGCUUUGUUAGUGAAGUGAAAACAGAAGAAGAAAUUAUUGUUGACAAAGAUAAAAUUAAAGAAUAUGAAAAAGAUAAGCAUGAUAAGAAGAAUGUUAAUAGUUCCUUUGAAAGUGAGCAUGAAGAUUUGAAGAGCCAAUUUGUAAAUAUGAAAGAGAAAAAAAAGAAAACCUUAAAAGAAAAAGAUGAAUUGAAUAAUAUGAAGGAGGAUAAUAAAAUGCAUAAAAAAUUGCAAGAGUAUGAUAAGAAGAGCAUUCAUAAUAUAGAAAAUGAAAAUAAAAAUAAAAAUGUAAUUCAAAAUGUAAAUCAAAAUGUAAAUCAAAAUGUAAAUCAAAAUGUAAAUCAAAAUGUAAAUCAAAAUGAAAAUUCAAAGGAUAAUAAUAUAUUGAAAGAAAAAAAUUCAUAUGAAGACGAUAAAGGAAAACCUAAGGUAAUAAAUAAUGAAAUUAAUAAAAAUGUAGAUAAUUUUUCUGAAAAUGUAUUGGAUUUGUCAUAUGAUGAAAAAUUGUUAAAAUUGUCAUCAAAUGGUACAAACAAAAAAAAAGAAUUAAACAAUGAAGAUAAUAAUAAUAAUAAUAAAAAUUUUGAUGAAUCGCAAACAAUUCAAGAAUUCCAAAAUGAUAAUAAAAAGAAUGUUGUUGAAGAGGAAAAUAUUUUAAUUAACCAGAAAAAAAGUUCAUACAAUAUGAAAGAAGAUCCAAUAAAUAUUCAGGUUGAUAUGAAAAGUAAUAUUAAUAUGGAUAUUAUUAUUAAUAGGAUGAAUGAUGUGAAUGGUAUUAAUAAUGAACAAAAGAAAAAUGAUAUUGCUAAAAGGAAUAAACAUAAUACAAAUAGAAAUGAACAAAUGAAUAAAAAAGAUAUUUCAGAUAAUAAUAAUAAUACUACUAUUAUUAAUAAUAAUAUGAUUAAUUUAAAUAAUGAUUUAUUAAAUGUAGAAAAUACAGAAAAUAAGAAUAGAUAUGAAUGUGAUUUCAAUUUAUUAACAAAUCAACUUAAUGAUAUAUUUUCAAAAGAAAUUGUUGAAUUUAUUCAAGCAUCUAAAAUUAGUUUUAAUAUUAAUGAUGUUUGUAAAGAAAGAAAUUUACAGAUGAAAAAAGAAAGACUUCAGAAAGCUCGUAGAAAUUAUUUGAAAAAUAAUAAGAACAAUUUAAAUAUAUCUUUAAAUUAUCAAAGGCAAAAAAAAUAUCCAUUUAAUAAAUUAUUCUUAGAAGAAUUGCAAAAGGAUGAAAACAAUAAAGAAAUUAAAAAAACAGAAGAACAAGUAACUGAUAUAUCAUGUUUUGAAUAUAACCAAAAUGGUGUUUUUAGUAACAAAGUAGAACAAACUAAAACAAAUACAAAUGUCUUAACAAUAAAUAAUGAAAACAAUGAAGAAGAUAUUAAACAAAAUGAAAAAGAUAUAAACGAACAAACCGUAGAAAUAGAAAAAAAAGAAGAUAAUAAUACUCUUAUUAAUAAAUUAAAUAAAAAAAAAAGUUUUUCAGGAUUGAAAUUACAAAAUAUAGAGAAAAUGGAUAUAUUAGAAAAGUUUGGGUUGUCCUAUAAAAAAAGUGAAAAAAUUAGUCUCGGUUGUUCCAUAUUUCACAAUAAGGUAGAAGAAAAGAGAGCAUCUUUUAAUAAGAAUCAGGAUGGAAUUGAAGAAGAUAUAAAGAAAGGAGAUUUAAAUGAUGAAAAGGAAAAGAAGAAUGAAGUUAAUGAUGAAAAGGAAAAGAAGAAUGAAGUUAAUGAUGAAAAGGUAAAGAAGAAUGAAGUUAAUGAUGAAAAGAUAAAGAAGAAUGAAGUUAAUGAUGAAAAGAUAAAGAAGAAUGAAGUUAAUGAUGAUAAAGCAAAGAAGAACGAAACAAAUGAUGAUAAAGCAAAGAAGAACGAAACAAAUGAUGAUAAAACAAAGAAGAACGAAACAAAUGAUGAUAAAACAAAGAAGAACGAAACAAAUAAUGAUAAAAUAAACAAUCAAAAAAGUAUAAGCGAUAAAGACUCAAUUAAAAAGAAAAAUAGUAAUGUAAGUGCAUUGAAUAAAAUGGAUAGUCUUAAAAAAGAAGAAAGUUCAAGUAAUGAUAUGGAAAGUUCUUAUUAUUCUAAUAAGAAGAAAAAGAAAUAUGAUUUAACAAAAAAACAUGGAAAAGAUAUAAAUUUAUAUUCAUGUCCUAAUUGUAAGGGUCCAUUUUUAAUGUGCCCCAAUUGUCAUUGUAGAUAUCCAAGAUUUUGUGUUAAUGAUAAUAAGAUAGCAAUGGAAUGUGAAUAUUGUGAUUGUGAGCAUUGCUAUUUUUAUAAUUGUAUAUAUUGUAAUUUUGAUUUCCAGAAAUGUUUAGAUAUGAUAAAAAAGAAUUCUCUUAAAGAAGGUAUAUUAUAUAAAAUAGGAAAGCAUUUACAUCAGUUUAAAGCUAGAUAUUACAUAUUAUUUGAUAAUUUAUUAUAUUAUUAUGAUAAAAAAAGGAAUUUAAAACCUAGAGGAUUUAUGUUUUUAGAAGGAUGUUAUGUUGAAUUAAUUGCAAAGAAUGAUAAUAUUAAUAAAUAUGGUUUUUCUAUAUGUCAUAAAGGUACGAAACAAGUACAGAAACGUAAUUUAUAUGUAAAUACAUUAGAAGAAAGAGAUGAAUGGGUACAAGCUUUAUAUUCAUCUACAAAACAAAAUACAUUAUAUAAUUUAUAUGAAUUACAUGAGCAAUUAGGUCAAGGUAAAUUUUCAACAGUUUAUAGAGGUAUAAAUAAACAAACAAAUUCUGAAUUUGCCAUUAAGGUUAUUGAUAAAAGAUCUGUAUCUAUAUAUGAAAAAGAAUUAUUAAGAAGUGAAAUAUCUAUAUUAAGAUUAUUAAGACAUCCAAAUGUUAUAUACUUAAAAGAAAUAAUUAAUACAAAAGAAACUUUAUAUAUAUCUAUGGAAUUAGUAAAAGGGGGAGAAUUAUAUGAUUUUUUAUUAGCAGAAACAAGAUUAAGUGAAAUUCAUGCAAAUAAAAUUAUAACUCAAUUAAUAAAAACAGUAGCAUAUUUACAUAGAUGUGGUAUUAUACAUAGAGAUAUUAAACCAGAAAAUAUAUUACUUACAGAUAAAUCAAGAGAUGCUCAAAUAAAAUUAACAGAUUUUGGUUUGUCAACAUUAUGUGCUCCUAAUGAAUUAUUAAAAGAACCAUGUGGAACCUUAGCAUAUGUAGCACCAGAAGUUAUUACUUUACAAGGUUAUAAUCAUAAAGUAGAUGCAUGGUCUAUUGGUAUUAUAUUAUAUUUAUUAUUAAGUGGUAAAUUACCUUUCCCUAUUAAUAAAAAUACUGAAAUGAAUAUACAAAAAAAUUAUGUAUUAAAUUUUAAAGAUUAUAUAUGGAAAAGUAUAUCUUCAUCAGCCAAAGAUCUUAUAUCAAAACUAUUAGAAUUAAAUGUAGAAAAAAGAAUUUCAGCAAAUGAAGCUUUAGAACAUAUAUGGGUUAAAAACCCCACUGCUGUAAUAAAUGAAAAUUCUUUUAUAUAUAAAAAUGAAGAAAUUAAUAUUUUAAAUUUACAAGAUGUUAGUGUUAGUACAUUUAAUAUACCAAGAUAUACACCUUUACAUAUUCAAGACGAAAAAAAUACAGAAGAGGUAGAAAAUAAAGAACAAAUUUUUAAUAUACAUGAAAAUAAUAUUAUAUGUGAAAAUAAUGAUUCCAUUGAUGAACCUGUUAUACCAUUACCAUAUAGUGGUGCCCCAAUAAAAGAACAUAUUAAUGAUAAAAAAAAUAUACAUAACAUAUCAUCUUCAAUAGAAGAUAUAUCAAUAAAUAAACAAGAAAAUGUUAUAUAUGAAUCAAUAAAUAAAGAUAUCUCAAAUCCUACCAAAAAUUUAUCACAAAAUACAACGGAUCAAAAUAAUGAAAAUCAAAAUGAGCAAAGCAAUCUAAAUACAUGUAAUAAUAAAAUUAAUGAGGCUAAAAGGAGUUCAACAGAUGCAAACUCUGCCCAAAUAAAUGAUAGUGCAAAUAAAGAACAUGAAAAAUAA